CUGUGUAUGCAUUUUGAUGAACUCAAAUUUCUGUUGCGCAUCCUCUUCUCGCUUGAAUCCACCAGAGGGUGCAAUAUUCACACCAGCCGACCAGACCAGCUUGCUGACUGACCCAUCCACCCCCUUCCCUAAACCCAUCCGAUAGUGUUUUCAGAAGCAAUCUAGAAAAAGAAAAGCCAUUGCGGCCAUGAGAUUUCACCACGUUUUCUGCCUGUUGUUUAUUUAUUUGCUUUUGUUUUACCUGCUUUCUGGAACCGUUUUUCAUUAGACUCGAACCUUAUCAUUGUGGUCAACUUAGCUCCAUGUCACAAGUCCAUCAGCAUCUGCAGCGAACUACUGGGCAAACUGGUAACACCGGAAAAGCCGUCCACACAGAGGUAAGCGGUCAGCUAGUAGCGCAAAAAUGAACAGAAGCCAUCUGUGGCGUCAUACCGCCCCGUAGCGGACUCUGGCUACAUAAUUUGCACUGUCCAGAAAUGUAGACAGGGGUACAUAUCCACAAUGAGCCUGUGUUGCAAAUAAAAUCAUACUUUAUAGGUGCUGAUAUACAAAAAGCUGAUAAUAAGACACUUUAUUAGUGAGAUUAGUUCUGUGUUCAAUAUUUCAAAAGUUUAAUACAAAUCAUUAAGCCUGUUUUGGUAAAGGAGCAGACGAUGUCUCAGUCAGUGAACAUCUCUCUCAUGAAAAAUAUAAUCUAAAACGUCCCUCUGACUUGAUUGUGAUGUAUCUUCCUAAAGGAGAGUAAACAUGAGCUGCUUUUCUCCAUCUGACUCGCUCUGCGUUUAAUCUCACUGCUGUUUAUAGCCAACAAGUGAGAUAUUUAAGAGCUCUCACUUGUGAGUUGUCUUGCGUUCCUAUGGGAAGCUUCAUGCGAAACAUGUUGAGUCCUAUGUUAAAGUGGGCCACACAGAGAGCGUCUGAUGGCUGCGUCCCGGAGCUGAACUAAAAGCCAGCAUUGUUCUGCUUUCCUCCCACGAAGAUCUGGAAACAUCACAGCUAAUCUGAGGAGAAUCAGGCCUGUGACGUCUGCAGAAAGCACACUCGUAAUCUGGCAGAUCACUUAAAGCUGUCUUCUGCGUUUUUACGUCUUCUCUAGAUAAUGUAAGUGGCACUGCCAUGAGGAUUUCCUAAGGGUUUACUUUUAUUAUUGUCCUCCAGUAUUGUAAAAAUGCUGAUUUCAUUUAACAGUGUCAUUUUUAUUUCUUCCAGGUCAUCUAAAAAGAGAUUGGAGAACAAUAAAUCUGGAAACUUUGAGGAGACUGGCGCUCUGUGUUUGCGGACAUCAUCAUCAUCAUCAUCAGCGCUGUCCAGUGAGGAUGAGGAUGUUGUGUUGCAGACGGGUUCUCCAGCAGUGGGUCUUUGCUCUGUUUUUACUGUGUUCUCCUGUCCCGCACCACGGCCGGCCCGUCGAUGCCCUCAGCAGCCGAAUGAAGCGUUCAGUGACCCACGCUCAGCUGAUGCAUGAUAAAGGCCGAACGCUGCAGGAUUUUAAGCGGCGCAUGUGGCUGCAGGAGCUCCUGCAUGAAGUGCACACCGCAGAGAUCCGGGAGGCGCAGCAGCCCAGGGGCGGAGUCAGCAUCAGCAGUGGUGCAGGGGGCGGGGUCGGGACUGGAGUCUCCAUCACACUGCCUGCAGGAGUAGGCGUGUCCACUGGAGCAGGUACCGCCCACCCCAAACCCGCCGGCGGCACCAAAAACCUGCCUAUAGGCUUUGGGCUGGAAGAUGAGGAGGGCACAAACCUCCCGCAGGAGACCCACAAAUCCCAGAACUACAAGGACAACAUGAUGAAGGGCAUCCGGAGGAAGAAGAAGAGCCGCACGGGGAAGAGGAGAGAAGGAGAAAAGAGGAAGAGAAGAGCUCGAUCACUGCAGGAGUUCAGCAGCGGCGUCCAUCUGCAGCCGUACAGCUGCUAAAACACUGUCAGACUCUGACGACGAUCGUGAGGACUUGGACGCCUAAAUGCUCACGUCCACUGUAAAAGUGAGAGGAAAAUAUUUAUUGCCUGUAAAUAAUCUCAAAGUGACAAAGACAAAUAUCGAUACUGCAUUAUUUCAGCUCUGCGGAGCCACAGAUUUGGAUCCUUGUGAAUACUUUGCUUUAUUUUUUCCUUUUUAUCCUUUUAUUUUAGGACUAUGCCUCUAUUACGGUGUCAGAAUUCCUGUAAUUUAUUUUGUUUGAAUGGUGUAUUUAUUUUGUAAAGGUAUCAAGGUGCUGCUGACCUUCUAUAUUUUUGUACUAUAAUGCACUUUAGAUAUAUAAAUCUAGAAAUAUAUAACAAGUCAUGUUGUUUAAUGGACGUGUUUUGUGGUUGAGUUGAAUGAAGAAGACUACAGAGUCACCCUGGUGUUUGUUUAUCAGCUUUCACAUCUGUGUUUCUGUCACAAACCCUAGUGAGCUCCCUAUCUAGGCAGCAUCAGAGUGAGAGAUGUUCACUAUUGAGGGUCCGCGUUGUAGAAAUGGGUCAUAUUCAGGCCCUAAUAUUUGAGCUGUGUGUAAAAUGUGCGUCUAUGUAGAUUCAAGUUUUUACAAACAAAAUAUAUUAAAUCUGAUCAUUUUUAUUUAAAUUAGCAUUUUCUGCAUUUUUUUAAACCUCCUUGUCAGUUGGCAUUUCUGUGUGGAGUUUGCAUGUUCUCCCCAUGUUGGCAU